GCUUCUGCUUCGCUUAACAGGAAUACCUUCUUGAUCCAACUUUUCAUCAAUCAAGCUCGUCGUUGAACCUGCCAACCUUAUUGAAAAUAACAUAUUCUCUUUCCCUUCACCUAUCACUGCAAGCCAACGCGUUGGAUACGCGUCUUUUCAACCCCUCAACACGGCUUUCAUUUCACGGGACCUGGUGGAAGACAGCCCAAACACCCGGACCCAAGCUCCAAGAGCCAUGCACACUUCACAGGCGCCAUGAGUCGUUAUCUCACUCCAUCCAAAAUAGCUUUGCUCUCUCUGAUCUCCAUCUACACUGAAGGCGUUGUCCCCAACUCCUCUGCCAUCCAUGUUCUCUCGUUCCUCGUAUCGCAUGUAAGUCCCUUGGAGCCGGGCAACCGACAGUCGUCAUCGGAAGAGUGGAAACAACAACAUUCCGUAUCGAUCUCCGAUCUAGAAGAUGCGCUACUAAGCCACCAAUCCUCCAUUCCCGGGCGUUCCGUCUGGGAUCUCUUUCUCAAGAAGAUAUGGUCCAUCGAUUCCUGUGACGCACUCGAGGUCUUUUUCACAGAAAUAUCUGAUAUUCUGGCGAAAACCCGCGAGGAGCAGAUUCGCGAGCGAGAUGCAGGUCUGGCUCCCGAAUCGGGCCCCAUGCGUCUGGCGAGGUGCUCCCCCUUAGGUGCCUUUGUCAGAAGAGCCCAGCUGGAAUUUACUAGGCUGCAAUUCCACGAUUCUGUCAAACUAUGGAAAGGAUUCGUCCAAUACCGCCUCCCGACGUACCACGUGUGGGCGCGCAAAAACCCAUCCGAGGAGCAGGCCCCGGUGGACAUCAAUUUGCUCGAACUCGGCUUGGACACGAGGAGUCAUCUUGCACACGUAGCCUACGGGAAUAUUGAAGACGAUGCUCAAGACGACCGAUAUAUCAGUACGAAAGAAGUUGAGCGGCUGCUCGAGUUCCAAAUCGGAGAAUUACAGCGAUUCGGAGGAAGAGUUCCAGAAGGCAUGAAGAGCCAACUGGAGACUAUCAUUCUAUCCGGUGUAACUCUACCUAAUUUAAUACACUACCUGAGAUUUCUCGAUUCUUGGAGGGCAGGCGACUACCCGUCGUCAUUCGACAAUCUGCAUCGCUACUUUGAUUACACGAUGCAUAACCGCGAUAAAAGUUCCUAUCAAUAUGCGCUUCUCAAUCUGGCCAUACUUCAGGCGGAUUUCGGGUGCCAUGGGGAGGCUGUGUCUGCCAUGCAGGAAGCCGUUUCUAUUGCUCGAGAGUCUCAUGAUAUGAACUGUCUAAAUUUCUGUAUGAGUUGGCUGUAUCAUUUUGGCAAAGCCUUCCCGGAACAGAUGAAAGACGUCCAAAAUACCGGGAUGCUGGGCAAUGAAAAGGAAGGUCUUGCCUUCCUCAAAGCGAAGGCAAAAGAGACUGAGAUGUGGAGUCUACUCAGUACAACCCUUCUUAGUGAAGCUAAGCUCGAGCUACAGAACGGCGAGAGCCUCGCGUCUUCUAUCGAAAAUAUCGUCCGUGCAUCCCAUCUCAAUGUCACGAAGCAUCUCUUAAACUCCAUGGGCCCACAGCUGUUACUCCAGACUGCGCUGUACUCAAGAAUAGGCGUGACGCAUCUCGCGUGGCUUAGCAGCGAGAUAUUCCGGCAUUGCUACGCAAACAAUGCGCCAUUUGAAGACUAUCUAAAAAGCACAUUUCGAAGCUGCGAGCUGCUCGCGCAGCAGGGUUGCUAUAGCGAAGUCCUGGCCCACAUGAACCAAAUGACGCCAGAGAAGCUUCGAUCUCUAAAAACAAGCCAGUACUGGGCAUUCUUCUCCGGAAUCCUGCAACUGCGCCGGAAAAUCUACAAUGAUGAUAAAGUGGCUGCGAGUUACUUGCUCUCCCAACUCCAAGCAAUCGACCUCCCCGAUAACGAUUUAUCGCUUCUGCUGUCCUUCCUCUCUAUCGAAUUCAUGAUCCGCCAAGGCAACUACGCGCGUGCGCUAGAGGCCAUCGAAAAUACCGCACAAUCCAUCCACCAAGAGAACUUCGACAUACAAUCCCAAGUCAAGCUCCUGUGCCUGAAGGCCCGCAUCUUCGACAAGACAGACCAUCCGCAACGCGGCUUCUCCUUGGCCAUGCGGGCUGCAAGCAUCGCCCACCGGUCUCGAUUACUCCCGGGCUUAUGGGAAGCGAUCUGCGUGCUCGCACGGGUGCUUCUCAGCCUGAAAGAGUUUCCGGCGGUCUCGGAGAUGGUCGAGAGCAUCAUGCCUCAGAUCCUCGAGUCCAACGACUGCGAUCUCGCCGCGUAUGCGUACUCCAUCCUGGUGGAUGCGAAUAUGGGGCUCGCGGGCAAGCUAUGGACGGAGGGCCAGAACACCCCCGCGAAAAAGGAGUACAUGAAUCGCGCGCUGGGGUAUUUGGAUUGUGCUUACGAGCAGUACGAGGAAAUUGAGGAUAUUCGGGGACAGUGUGAAAUGAUGGCGAAGAAGGCUACUGUGAUGCAUUUGACGGGGGAUUUGGUUCUUGCUAAUGAUUAUGCGGCGAAGUACUUGGAUCUUCAAAAACAGGGAGGGGGGCGUAGGUCUACCUAGGAGUUAUAUGCAGUUUUAUAGAGAAGUAAAUGAAUCAAUUUCCUUUCGUAACCUGAUGCUGCUUGUU